CAACAGUUCACCAAAACGGAAAAAACAGAAAAGCUCAAAGCACGAGCUUCUUCUUCUUCGAUGAAUGAGCUUCAUGGACUGGGAUUUGCACGCUAUAGUGAGAGGAUGCACCAAUACUCAUCAACCCGACAACAUCCUAGGUGAUCUUAACUAUUUCCAGUUAAGUCCUCAACAAGAAAUAGAUGAACGUUUCUUCAAGUCUCACCAAUUCUCAGAAACAGAAACCAUCACUACUGCCAUCGUUGAUGAUGAAUUGGAAGAGCUUUACAAACCUUUCUAUCCUUCUACUACUGUUGAUACUACAACUAGUUCCCACCCUACCUCCGCUGAAGUCAACAAAGUACUCCAUCUCAAACCUUCAGAUCCAACACCAUCUAAAUGUAAAAGAAGGAAGAAGAAUGAAGAGAAGAAUAAGCGGGUAGUGAAGCGGAUGAGAGAAGAAGAAGGGUACAGUGAUGGAUGGGCAUGGCGUAAAUACGGGCAGAAACCAAUAAAAGGAUCAGAGUAUCCGCGGAGCUAUUACAGGUGUAGCAGCUGCAAAGGAUGCUUGGCUAGGAAACAAGUUGAACGGAGCCAUUCCGAUCCACAAGUUUUCAUAGUUACCUACACAGCUGAACACACCCAUCCUCCUCACCCCAUCACUACUAUUCCAACAAACUCACAAGCACAAGGAACAGUAGUAGGAAGAGGCUGGAAGAGGAGAACCAAUCUAUAGAUGAGGCGCCAAUUGUGCUUUCAAUCAACUACUUGCUUUAGAUGGGUGCGCCUUCAUCAAUAUAUAAUUUUGCUUUUCAUACAACAAGUCAAGAGAACUUA